AUGGCCCCUGUCUCAAACCCCGACAAAGAGAUGGAUAUCCCGGACGGCGAUGGCGGAGGUGAUACAGGGGGGCUAGCUAGAUCUCGUUCCCGUCGUGAGAAGAAAGAGAAAUCUGGGAGGCAGUCUGCUUUGGAGCAACUUAAAAAAGCUAAAAAAGGAGAGAAGAUCAAAUAUGAGGUGGCAGAAUUGUCCAAUGUUUAUGACGUGGUGGAUGAAGAAGAGUACUCUAAAAUGGUACGAGAAAGACAAGACGAGAACUGGAUUGAAAAUGAUGAUGGUACAGGAUAUUUUGAAGAUGGAAGAGAAGUCUUUGAUGAUGAUUUGCAAGAAGAUGCUUUGGAAACUACCAAAGGAAAAGCAGGCGGUAAAGGAACACAGUCAAAGAACAAUAUGAAGAAAGCUGCAGUGUCUAAACCAAACACCAUCAAAAGCCUCUUCAUGAACAGUAAUGUGAAGAAGCCAGUUGAGAAAGAUGUAGACCUCUCGAAAGAUGAUCUUUUAGGUGAUAUUCUUCAAGAUCUGAACUCUGAGAAAUCCUCUGCACUGACUCCUCCACCUGUCGUUACCUUGAAGAAAAAGAAGGCUCUUGGAUCUCCCAUGAAUCCAUUCUCUGUUAAACCACCAAAGGAGUCACCUUCAGUGGUAAAAGCCAAAGUGAUUCGUCCUCCGCCACUUAACCCGCCCUCCCCACCUCCUGCACCAUCACAAACUGUGGAGAAAACCAAAGCUAAAUCUGAGCAACCGGAAGAAGAAGAGAACGUCGCUAUGGCAUUGGAUGAAGUCGACUUUGAUGAGCCGAUGGAUGUCACUAAUGACGCAGAGAAAGCUGUAGACAAAGAACCGGAGCCUGAAGUUACUAAAGUCCUUCCUCAAACCACAUCAAAGGUCCAGCCUAAAGAAGAGCCUCAAGAUCUUGCUCUCAUGAACUUGGGAAGUUCAUGGGGGCAAGAUGAAGAGGCAGCACCAGCGGAGGUUCAGGUCGACUCGAGCAGACUUCCCCUGGUGGAGGGACCAGAGGGAGAGAUGGUGUUCAGGUUCUACUGGUUAGAUGCCUUCGAAGACCCGUACAAUAAACCAGGUGUGGUUUACCUGUUUGGAAAAGUAUGGAUAGAAUCUGCAAAAUCUUAUGUUAGCUGCUGUGUCUCUGUGGAAAAUAUUGAGCGGACAAUGUAUUUCCUUCCUCGUGAGUUUAGAGUGAAUCCUAAAACUGGUGAGGCCUCAGACACACCUGUGGGAAUGAUGGACGUCUACCAAGAGUUCAAUGAGCUUUCAGAAAAGUUCAAAAUCAUGAAGUUUAAAUCCAAGAAAGUGGAGAAAAACUAUGCUUUUGAAAUUCCUGAUGUGCCCACUCAAUCUGAAUAUCUGGAAGUGCGCUAUUCUGCUGAACACCCACCGUUACCCUCAGACCUCAAGGGGGUGACAUUUUCUCAUAUCUUUGGAACCAACACUUCAAGUUUGGAGAAUUUCCUUCUGAGCAGAAAGAUCAGAGGCCCAUGUUGGCUGGAUAUCAAGUCUCCCCAGCUGAUGAGCCAGUCUGCCAGUUGGUGUAAAGUGGAGGCUCUGGCCCUGAGGACGGAUCUAAUCUCCCUGGUCCGAGACUUGCCUCCUCCUCCAGUCACUGUUAUGUCCAUCAGCCUCAAAACAGUUCAGAAUCCCAAGACUCAUCAAAACGAGAUUGUUUCUCUGGCUGCUCUUAUUCACUAUUGCUUUCAUAUGGAUAAAGCCCCGCCUCAGCCUCCAUUCCAGACACACUUUUGUGUGGUUAGUAAGCCUGCAGACUGUAUUUUUCCAUAUGAUUUCAAGGAUGCUGUCAAAAAGAAGAAUGGAAGAGUGGAAAUAGCUGCGACAGAGCGCACACUGCUUGGCUUUUUCUUAGCCAAGAUGCACAAAAUAGAUCCUGAUGUUCUAGUGGGCCAUGAUAUUUUUGGCUUUGACCUGGAAGUGCUGCUUCAACGAAUCAAUGUAAACAAGGUGCCGCACUGGUCCAAGAUCGGACGACUGAGGAGGACCAACAUGCCCAAAUUAGGGGGUCGCAGUAGUUUUGCUGAGAAGAACGCCACUUGUGGUCGGCUGGUCUGUGAUGUGGAGAUCUCGGCCAAAGAGCUGAUUCGCUGUAAAAGUUACCAUCUGACGGAGCUGGUGUCGCAUGUGCUAAAGAUGGAAAGACCGAUUGUCCCACAGGAAAACAUCAGGAAUCUUUACAGCGACUCCCCUCACCUGCUGUAUCUGUUGGAGUUGACGUGGACUGACGCAAAGCUGAUCCUCCAAAUCAUGUGCGAGCUGAAUGUCCUGCCUCUUGCUCUACAGAUCACCAAUAUUGCCGGGAAUGUUUUGUCUCGAACUUUGAUGGGAGGCCGAUCUGAGAGAAAUGAGUUCCUCUUACUUCACGCGUUCAAUGAGAAGAAUUACAUUGUUCCUGACAAACCAUCCUUCAAAAAAGCCCAACAAGAACAGGCUGGAGAGGAGGAUGUCGAUGCUGGAAAAGGCAAGAGGAAAAAGAAGGCUGCUUAUGCGGGUGGUCUGGUUUUAGAUCCCAAAGUUGGUUUCUACGAUAAAUUCAUCCUGCUGCUCGACUUCAACAGUCUGUAUCCAUCGAUUAUCCAAGAGUUCAACAUUUGCUUUACCACCGUGGAGAGGGAAGCGUACAACAGUCAGAAGAGGAAAAACCAGGAAGAUGAGAUGGAGGAGAUACCAGAGAUCCCUGAUUCUAGUCUGGAAAUGGGAAUUCUUCCAAAAGAAAUUAGAAAACUUGUCGAAAGGCGUAAACAGGUCAAACAACUCAUGAAACAGCAAGACAUCCACCCAGACCAAUAUCUGCAGUAUGACAUUCGACAAAAGGCGUUAAAGCUGACGGCUAACAGUAUGUACGGCUGUCUCGGAUUCAGCUACAGCCGCUUCUAUGCCAAACCACUUGCUGCUCUCGUCACACACAAGGGCAGAGAGAUUCUAAUGCACACCAAAGACAUGGUUCAGAAGAUGAAUCUAGAAGUCAUCUACGGAGACACAGACUCCAUCAUGAUCAACACAAAUAGCAAAUCGUUGGAGGAAGUCUUUAAGCUCGGCAACAAGGUGAAAGCUGAAGUGAACAAGCUAUACAAAUUGCUGGAGAUCGACAUUGAUGGUGUCUUUAAAUCGCUUUUAUUGCUGAAGAAAAAGAAGUAUGCAGCUCUUGUGGUGGAGCAGCACGGCGAAGGACGAUACACUCUCAAACAGGAGCUAAAAGGCUUGGACAUUGUGCGUCGAGACUGGUGUGACCUCGCUAAGGAGUGUGGGAACUAUGUCAUCGGCCAGAUCUUAUCGGACCAAAGCCGAGAUGUAAUUGUGGAAAACAUUCAAAAACAGCUGGUGGAGGUGGGAGAGAAAGUUGUCGCUGGAGAUAUACCCCCCAGCCAAUUUGAGAUCAAUAAGGCUCUGACUAAAGAUCCACAGGACUAUCCCGACAAAAAGAGCCUUCCUCACGUCCAUGUGGCCCUAUGGCUCAACACUCAGGGCGGCCGCAGAGUAAAAGCAGGAGACACAAUAUCUUAUGUCAUUUGCAAAGACGGCUCCACUCUUCCUGCCAGCCAGAGAGCCUACGCCUUGGAGCAGCUUCAGAAACAGGACUCGCUCUCAUUGGACACUCAGUAUUACCUGGCGCAGCAGGUCCAUCCGGUGGUGUCCCGCAUCUGUGACCCUAUUGAAGGCAUUGACAACGUGCUCAUAGCCACAUGGUUGGGUCUUGACCCGGGACAGUUCAGGGCUCAGCAGCAGCAGCAGCAGAGGGAGGAGGAGGCAGACGGGACUCUGGGCGCCCCGGUGCAGUUAACAGAUGAGGAGCGUUACAGAGACUGCGAGAGGUUCACCUUCACCUGCCCUCAGUGCAGCACCGACAACAUCUACGACAAUGUGUUUGAAGGAGCUGGGUUAAAGUUGGAGCCCAGCUUGAUGCGCUGCUGUCACGUCCCCUGUGGAAGCCGCCCCAUCGACUACGCAGUGAACAUCAGCAAUAAACUCCUGCUCGACAUCCGGCGCCACAUAAAAAAAUAUUAUUCCGGCUGGUUGGUGUGCGAAGACCAGGCUUGUCAAAACCGAACCAGGCGCCUCCCCAUCGCCUUCUCCAGACACGGACCCAUCUGCCCCGCCUGCACACGAGCCACGCUUAGACCAGAGUACUCGGAGAAGGCUCUAUACAACCAGCUCUGCUUCUACAGAUUCAUCUUUGACUGGGAACAUGCUGUGAAUAAAGUACUGCCUGCUGAUGAUAGAGGCCGCGUCACCCGCCUCACCCGGGAGAAAGAGGUGUACCGAAAGCUCAAGGAAGUCCCAGACAAGGCCCUGGCGAUCAGCGGCUACUCGGAGAUCAACCUGGCCAAACUUUUCCAGGCCUUCUCCUCGCUCAAAUAA